AUUGUGUUAUCUUCUAUAGUCAAAAUUACCUAAAUAACCAACAAAUAAAGAAAAAAAAAACAUCACAUGCAUUUACAGGAGAGUCAUAGAAAUGACGAAAAUGUCGCCGAUUCUCAUGGGAUCCACAAAGCUCAAGCUAAAGGCAUACGACAACACAAAAUCCAAGCGCAUCCACAGCGAUUAUACAUUGAUGAUAGUCCCAAGUAUAUAGAACGAUUUCAGCCACCGCCCCCAUCGAAGCCGCCGCCUACGUUAGAGCCAGCGUUAUUUUUUCAGAAUCUUCGCACGGGUAGUACUGCAGUUGCUGACUCAUCGGGGGACCCCAAAUUUCCGCAUGCAUUGCAGCGAUCUGCCACAUUGCCAGCGAAACACAAUCGUUUAGGUGUACGAAGUCGCGUCACCUUCAAGAUACCACAGACCCCUGCAGUCCUACCUGCAGCACCUCAGCUAGAGAGCAGCAACAACGCCGCAUUGCCAAAGGAAACAAACAAAAUGACGUCUGAGGAUCUCUUACAGCCGGGACAUGUGGUUAAGGAGCGUUGGAAGGUUGUGCGCAAAAUUGGUGGCGGCGGCUUCGGUGAGAUAUACGAGGGCCAAGAUUUGAUUACCCGCGAGCAAGUGGCACUUAAGGUGGAGUCCGCCCGACAACCCAAACAGGUACUCAAAAUGGAGGUGGCCGUGCUGAAGAAGCUGCAAGGCAAAGAACACGUCUGCCGCUUCAUCGGCUGUGGACGAAAUGACCGAUUCAACUAUGUGGUCAUGCAGCUUCAGGGCAAAAACUUAGCUGAACUGAGACGAGCCCAACCAAGAGGCGCAUUUUCUCUCAGUACAACCCUCAGGCUUGGCUUGCAAAUCCUCAAAGCCAUUGAGUCUAUACAUUCGGUUGGCUUCCUACAUCGCGACAUCAAACCGAGCAACUUUUCGGUGGGACGUUUGCCGUACAAUUGUCGACGAGUAUAUAUGCUGGACUUUGGUCUGGCUCGGCAAUAUACGACGGGCACCGGAGAGGUUCGCUGUCCUCGAGCAGCAGCUGGAUUUCGAGGAACUGUGCGAUAUGCCUCGAUAAACGCACAUCGCAAUCGAGAAAUGGGUCGGCAUGAUGAUUUAUGGUCAUUAUUUUAUAUGCUCGUAGAAUUCGUAAAUGGUCAAUUACCAUGGAGGAAGAUCAAAGACAAGGAACAAGUUGGAUUGACUAAAGAGAAAUAUGACCAUAGAAUACUAUUAAAGCAUCUGCCGUCCGACUUGAAGCAAUUCCUGGAGCACAUACAAUCCCUUACGUACGCCGAUCGGCCGGACUAUGCGGUAAAUAUUUCUAAAGUUGAUAAGAAUUGCAAUGCCACAAUGACAACUCAAGCCUCGGCAGAUUGCGUUGCGCAAAACGUAAAUUUAGGAAAUCCAAGUACAAUAUUAAAGCAGCAGCAGCAACAACAACAGCAGAAGCAAGAGCAACAACAACUUGUGCUGGUGUCAAACACAUCGAUAGCUCCACCUAAUCUUCCUAGUGCACUGAUAAAAUCUUCUACUGUGAGUAUUGUGAAUAAUGAGGUGCAAUUGAAGCCUUCGCACGGGAAACGUUGUCAGCCGCAGAGCGUCUCCGCUUCAUAUGCCACGACCAACCAAAACAAUUCUGCUCCAGUUUAUUAUCCGGAGAGUAAAACUACGGCAGCUCAAACACUGUCAAACAUUGUGAAAACAAUUGAUGACAAAGUAAUCAUAGAUGCCUGCGAUAAAAAUAGUCGUUUUAUCAGUAUGGAGGGCGGCUAUAGCAGAUCUAUGGUGGGAGAGCAAAACCAGCAGCCACAGCAGCAGCAGAAGCAAUCGAGCAGGAUCACAAAAGUGGAAAGUCUGGAGAGUUCAAGCAACAAUCAUCUAGCAGUUGACAAGAGCUGCGAGAGUAAACGGUGCUCACACCCGAACAGCGUUAAUCUAGUCGAACAGAAAUCAACUUACGGUCGUCUUCGCGUGCUGGCUGCACCGACGCCAGCGCUGAAUGAUCAGGAGAACCUGAUUCAGAAUCAAGAGUCGAAUGGCAGUUUGAAUCAUAACAAGAGCCUCAUAUGCCAGCGCGAACAGAUCUUUGGCAUAACGCCAACAAACCGUCGCUCGGCCACUUCGACCAAUCUACGUCUAUCGUCGUCUAUAGGUUUGCCCUCGUCCAACCAGCGUGCAGCGGCCAUCGGCAUUAUCUCAGCGAAAAGUAAUGCAAUAGCAGCGGCAAUUGUAUCGGGAUCGGGAACGGUUGUGGGAACUGGAACAGCAACAGCGGCUGGCGAUCAUUCGGUGACACAAUUUGCUUUAAUCGACGAUGAAAAUGUUUCGGCACUACAACAGGUAACCAAAGGUGGUGGAGCUCUAACUCUUGCCUCUCAAUGGAAGAGCCAAUUCGACGACUCAGAAGAUACAACCGACAACGAAUGGAAACAGGAGCCGCAGUCACAGCCAAAUUUGGAUCAAUUUGCCAAAGCGGACGUAUCUUUGCCGUUAAUACGCAGAAACUCGAACUUAGUCGUAACCUGUAAUGGCGAUUUAAAAGCAAAUCCAUCUGAAAAUGAAAAGGUUAAGAGAUACACACUUAACAUAGCUGGAAUUGAGAACUAUGAGACUUUGCAAAUGUCGAUACCGCACUGCUGGUCAGAGCCUGCAAUGGGUAAUGUAUUACGAAAAGAUCUAGAGCCACCUGCUGUGCAACAAGCGGCCUUCGAUGACACUGUUUAUCGCAUGGAUAUAACUAGAAAUGUUUGCGUUCGUGAAUCUCAGUCGGAAAUCGCACCGAAGGCAAACAACUUUCCUAUGAUUAUUGGAACGUACAAGGAGGCUGCCAAUUUGAUUAAUAUACAAUCAAGGAACUUGAAUGAGAGGCAAUCACCGUGCAAGCACCGCAGUAGCCUGCCCAACGUAUGCCUCAUAGACAUGUUUGAUGGGAAAAAGAACUCGGAUACAAAUGCGCCUAUUGAGCUUCAAGAAUCGGCAGCUGCACCUUUCGCUGCAGUUCCUUGGUGUGUCAAGACAACGUUUUGCCAGAGAAGCAACCUGGCUUCAGACCCAAUAUUAUCCGACAUGCACAGCUAUCAGCAUGGAAACCGAGGUGCAAACUCAGUAGAUGCUGCGACCUCGAGGAGCGGCGGCUGUGUUAGUGGACGUCUUGAAAUUCGCGUCAUUCCCAAAGAAAACUCGCACAUGGAGGAGUCUGUUUACUAUGAUGCUUUAGCAGCUAGCACUACGAAAAAUCUCAAGUCUUUGAAGCAGGAAGCAACUGGUGAUCUGCGCGAUAAACAUUUGGAUGAUAAGAUUUCAGUUAACUGUGAAAUUUCUCAGAAGUUGAAUGCUGAUAGCAACAAACACAAACUGAAUGGCAAUGGGUCACCAGCGGAGAGCAUGAUGUGUCCAUCGGCGGAUCCUGCUCCUCAGAUUCAAACGGAUCCACAAUCCAAAUUACAAAUUGAAAAUUCUAGCUCACACAUGGCCGAUGAUGAGUGUGAUGGUUGUGAAUUGGCUUUGUUGAGUACGCCCAGCAAGAUUCCUGUGCUCACCUCCAAUUCGCGACAAGCGAAGUGUGCCUCUUGGGCUGGUGUUGCAACAACAAGAGUAACAACAACGACAGCAGCAGCGGCAGCAGCAUCCCAGACUCACACACAACAUGAUUAUUCAGAAAAAUCCAAUACCGUAGAUCUUCUUAAUAGCCCCACCCGAAGUCAACUUUAUUCGAGUGUUUUGCAAAACUCUCCAAAUAUUAUGGACUUGACACCAGGUUUGCGUCGCCGUCGUGAGUCAACUGAAGGAAAGUACGUGACUGAUCCCACGCAGUUGAAUCUAAGAUUUCAGCGCCCACAAGCUCGGAUUUCUAAUAGGUCGCGUGAGAUUUCAGCGACAGCAACGACAAUAUUGGCCACUUUCGAUGAUCAGUCGGCGGCAGUGGAUAUGAUUAGUAUCGAUGAUAGUGUGAGGGAGUUUUGCAAAGACAAUACAACGUGUAAGAAGACAGCCAACUCAAUAAUCAAUGACACUAACAAGACGGCAAGAAAUCAAAAUAUUGUUGGAUCAACACCGUCACCCCCCCCGACAACACCAAGGAAUGAUAUUUCGCCCCCCCCGGGCGAUCCAAAAAUUGAAAAUAGUGCACGCCUUCGUCGCUACCGGCAUAAUAUAGAAUAAUUCAAAAAGCUUCUUCAGUAAUGAAAGCAAUAAUAGAAUCCAAUGCAUGGUAAUCGAAAUAUAUUUACAUCUUUAUAUAUAUAUUAUAUAUAUA